UCUAGCAAAAGUGAAGGGACGGCGUUGUCCGUCAACUGAACGAAUGAUCUGUAAAUGCUUCCUGCGGCUUCUGCUAGCACCUCAUAUAUGUCGUUUAACUUGACAGAAGCUCGUUUUGCCACAAGGUGAGUGCAGGCUGAGGGAUAAUGGCACAUGUUGGGGCAGUUGUUGCUGCAAUGGCCGGUCUGAUGGCCAUUCUGCUUCAUUCUUCCAUACACAAGAUUGAGGAAGGACAUUUAGCUGUGUAUUACAGAGGAGGAGCUUUGUUGACCUCUCCAAAUGGCCCAGGUUACCAUAUAAUGCUGCCUUUCAUCACUUCAUAUAGAUCAGUGCAGACAACUCUGCAAACAGAUGAAAUAAAAAAUGUGCCUUGUGGAACCAGUGGGGGUGUAAUGAUCUAUUUUGACAGAAUUGAAGUGGUCAACAUGCUGGUUCCAACCGCAGUGGUGGAUAUAGUGAGGAAUUACACUGCAGAUUAUGACAAGACGCUAAUCUUCAACAAAAUCCACCAUGAGUUAAACCAGUUCUGCAGUGUGCACACACUACAGGAAGUCUACAUAGAGCUGUUCGACAUAAUUGAUGAGAACUUGAAGACUGCACUGCAGAAGGACUUGAACUGUAUGGCUCCUGGUCUCACCAUUCAGGCCGUGCGAGUCACUAAACCUAAAAUUCCAGAGACAAUCAGAAGAAACUAUGAGCUCAUGGAGGCAGAGAAGACCAGGCUUCUCAUCACCGUUCAGACACAGAAAGUGGUGGAAAAGGAGGCAGAAACAGAAAGAAAGAAGGCCAUCAUAGAGGCUCAGAAAGUGGCUCAGGUGGCAGAGAUUCAGUUCCAACAGAAAGUGAUGGAGAAGGAAACAGAAAAGAAGAUCUCAGAAAUUGAAGAUGCUGCUUUCCUGGCAAGAGAGAAGGCAAGAGCAGAUGCUGAAUAUUACACUGCUGCAAAAUUCGCUGAAGCCAACACGCUCAAGCUCACGCCGGAGUAUCUGGAGCUGAUGAAGUACCAGGCCAUAGCUGCCAACAGCAAGAUCUACUUCGGUCAGGACAUCCCAAAUAUGUUCGUAGACAGCAGUGCCUCCCGUCCAGCCGCAGGAGAAUCCGAGCAGCUGGAGUCCUUGAGCAUGAGAGAGAGUCUUAAGAAAGCGUCCAAGUCCAAAACCUCAGAAGGCCACUGAAGGGCCUGAGAUCUGUCCACCCCCUUCUCCCUCUCCCUCUCUCUCUCUCUCUCUCAUUCUCUGUCUCUUGUUUUGGGGCAGGAGUGCUUGUGAGGCAUGCUGACAUGGAUAUUUUCCCUCUUCUGCUGCAGUGGUGUUGGGUGCUUGGCUCGCUGAGGAGACUGACAUACAGAGCCUGUGGUUUUCCAGCAGUCAUUUGUGGGCUAAAUGGUAAAGUCCAGCAAUUGUGCUACUGAUUAUCGCCAGAUUCGAAACUAAAAUGUUCCUGUUUCACAUCAGCAUGCUUUCUUCCCCCCCUUUUUUUUUGUUGCUCAGCUUUCUCUUCUCUUUUACAGAUCCAUGCUAAUUAUUUAUUAGGCGCAGAUGCUUCUGCGUGAAGUAUGUGAACAUUUGGAGGAAUAUCUUUUGUGUUGUCUUUUAUGAAACUGGAAUUAUAAGGCAUCACACUAAUUGAGAUCAAAGGCAGUGAGUGGCUUAAACGGAUAGUUCACACAAAAUGACAAUUUACAAGUGGUUCAAAACACAAAAGACGACGUUUUGAAGAAAGCUGAAAACCUGUAACUAUUAACAUUCCAUAGUAGGAAAACAAACACUAUGGAAGUCGGUGGCUACCAUUGCCUACAAAUUUUUAAAACUCAAACAUGUUUGCGACAAGUGAUUGACGAUAGAGUUUUCAGUUUUGCGUGAACUAUCCCUUUAAUUAUCUACGAAAUGAUCAAAGUCAUUUUGUAGCUAAACUGUCAUCUCCUUUUUUUCAUAUGUUGUUGAAGGGAUGUUUCACUACACCUUUAUAUAGUCACCAUUUAUUCAUCCUCAUGUUGUUUCAGAAUCAGUGAUGCUUUCUUUUAUGAGACAUGAAAAGAUAAACUACAUUUUCAAUAUUUUUUUUUUUUGUCUGUACAGUGGAAACCAACAGUCUCCAAUGUUGUUCUUUGCUUGGACCACUUUGGUUUUAAUUGAACGGACAAAAAUAAUAUAUUUAAAAAAAAUUGUUUUUAAAAUAGGUUAAAUCCAGUCUGGAAUGACGUGAGGAUAAGUAAGCAAUGAUAAUAUUUAAUAUGAGGUGAAUAAUCCUUUCGCAAAAGUCCUCAUGUCCAUCAUCACUAACUUGAUUAGCACUAAAAUCUUAAUUUAGUUGAGCCGCGGCUGCAAAGAUCAGUGGCUUUUAUAUGUUAUUAAUUCUGAUUAUUAUAUGUUUGUAAGAAUGAUCUCUUUUUAAAAUCAUCCCUUGCUUGAUUUUGUUGAUCUUCAGGAUAAAGAAUUUGACACCAGAAUAUUUUGUUGUGAAUCGGAUUUCAUGUAAUGUCGGAAAUCGUGGGUUUUGGUAUAGUGUUGUGUAGCGUGUUCAUUUGUGGCGGCCCUGCGGAUGUUUCAAGUUGUUGGUUUCCUACCGAGCAGGGUUUCAUACAAUUUCAGAAGAUUUGAUUUCCAGGGCUUUGAAAAGCAACGAGAUUGGAUGGCUUUCGGAUGGUCGUGUAUAUAUAGUAAAGUGACUAACAAAUGCCUUUCUGACUUUAGUUGAGCUUGUUUAUUUGGUCAUUACUGGAAUGAGUUUAUUUCAAAGGGAAUUCAGUAACAAUAAGGGCUGCUGUAUUAAUAGGCACUGUAAAACAUUUAGCAUUAUGAUGAGUGAAUGUUUAUACUGAAAUGUGUCACCACUAGGGGAAGCCAGUGAUCUGUAGGAACCACAAGAGUAAGAGUUAAAUCACUUGACAGGGUUUAGCUUUCCUUGGAAGGUGUCAAAUCUGCAUAAGUUGCGUUCAUAUGCCAUUAAUAGCAAUGCUUUGCAGCAAAUCAUUUUUGAAUAGUGUCUGUUAGUACUAUCUCAGGAAAAGAGACCUGUGUGUUAACUUGAAUGGCCUGUUUUUUUCCUUUCUUUAGUAUAGAAAUCAAUAUAAACUGAGGUCUGAGUCAGGUUUGAGUUGAUUGUGUGAAUCUGUCACACGGCAUGUUGAUUUUUCAUCAUUUGCAUACUUAUCGAUUAAGAGACGAGUACUGGUUUAAUACAGUUAGUCCGAUUGUUGAUGCUACAUGCAGUUGCUUUUCCCAUUUCCCCUUUUAAAGGUAUGGUUCACCCAAAAAUGAAAAUUCUGUCAUUUACUUGUGCUCAUAAUUGAGUUUGUUUCUUCUGUUGAACACAAAUGAAGGUAUGCUGAAGAAUGUUGGAACAGCCAUUGAAUUCCAUAGUAGUGUUGUUGUUGUUGUUUUUACUAUGGAUGUCAGUGGCUGCUUUAUUUUCCAGCAUUCUUCAAAAUAUCUUGUUUUGUGUUCAACAGAAGACUUUUUUUAGUUUAGAACCAUUUGAAUGUGAGGAAAUGAUGAGGAGAUUAGUUUUUUGGGUGAACUGUCCCUUAAAUUUACUUCAUCCUUGGAUCCUUUAUAGUGUGAAUACGACUGUCUCAAAGCGAUGUGUUCCCUGUGGUUGUUAAAUGGAGAGAGGACAGACUUUGACUGCCCUGGAAUAAACCCACUCUGUGAAUGUCACUUUUUUAUGUCAGCGUAAUUUAAGCUCCUAAUUUUAAAACAUUUAUAUGCAAAAUUUAUAACAUUUUGACAAUGUUCAAUUCUGUGAAAUAAAACCUAUUUUGAUACCAUGAAAA